AUGGCGGAUAGGCUAACGCAACUUCAAGAUGCUGUCAAUUCGCUUGCAGAUCAGUUUUGUAACGCGAUCGGCGUCCUGCAACAGUGCGCUCCCCCUGCCUCUUUCAGUAAUAUUCAGACGUCGUUAAACAACGAUCAGCCUGCAAACCAAACAGAAGAGUACGCUCAGCUAUUUGCAGCCCUGAUUGCCAGAACAGCGAAAGAUGUAGACGUGCUGAUUGACUCUUUACCAAGCGAGGAGUCCACGGCAGCCCUGCAGGCAGCCAGUCUGCGGCAACUGGAGGAGGAGAACCACGAGGCCGCGGCCCGACUAAAAGAAGUGGUCAACCGCGGCGACAUGCUGCUGGAGAAGAUCCAGAGCGCCCUGGCAGACAUUGCCCAGUCUCAGCUACGUACCCGCAACGGCGCGCCGAGCCAGCCUUCACCUGCUGAUUCAUGA